GUUGUUAGUACUGUUUAUUCUUAACUACGGUGAUCAUAUUUGCAGACGCUCAAAAUCAUAAUUCAGGUGAUAUUUUGAGAUAUUUUGAGUCAGUGGUGAUGUGUUUUGGUUAUGGCAUUUAGCAGGCUUUAUUUUGUUCUGAUAGUGAUGGUAAGCUUUCAGCCUAAUGUUGAUACAAAACAUUAGCAGACAAUUUAUUUCAUUGUAAAUGUCAUCAGGACUACUUUGGUGUUUUCAUCAAAAUUCAUACCAACCUAUGCAAAUGAACUUCUAUAUAUUUCAGCAUUGGAUACCUCUCUAUUCUCAUUACUAGUUUGCAAAUAUUGUUUCCCGUUCUGUUUAUUAUUGUUGUUAAGAGUAUGGCUGGCAACAUUUUUUGCUCUCUCAUCAGUUCUGUCCGGCCGCAGACAACCACCCACUUUGCCCCGAGGGUACAUUUUGCUGGUGGUUUGAGGCUUGCAAGCAGGAUUGGGUUUCAAAAUAGCUCAGCAAAGGGUUGUUACAAGACAUCAAUCUCCUGCUCCAUUAGCAUGGCAGAGACUCUGCAAGUAGUUCAGAGCACCAUUGCUAAGCAGUUGUCAAUUGAGGAGAGCACUGUUACUCCUUUGACUAAGUUUGCUGAUCUUGGAGCUGAUUCACUUGACACUGUGGAGAUUAUGAUGGCACUUGAAGAACAAUUUGAAGUGUCAAUUGGAGAAGAUGGUGCACAGGUCAUUGUUACUGUUCAAGAUGCUGUGGACCUCAUUGAGAAGGUCAAGGCUGAAAAAGAGCACAUGAGAACAUCACCCAUUAAAAUGAGGGAAUUAAAAUAAUAAUAAUAAUAAUUAUUAUAAUAAUAAUUUUUAUGUGGGAAUUAUUCUGAAAUUUCUUAGAAUGGGAAUUUUGUUUUCAUUU